GGUUUGGUAAGUGCAUUUGGUGUGUGCGCACGAUAGCCAGUGCACAUUGUAGCAUAGGAAGUUUCCACGAAAUUGCUUAACUUUUUUUUCCUUUAAUUUUACAACACAACAUUGACUCAAAAAUCUUCUCAUGGAUUAUCAUCCAAUCCAAUAUAGAGAAUAAUCUCUUUCUCUAUACAUUAUUAUCCUUUUUUAUCAUCUUGUCUCAUCUCAACUCAUCCGAUCCAAAUCAUCUUUCAUUUGCAGAUUUGUAACUCCACUCUCAUGUUCAAUCCUACAUAUUAUUUUUCUCAAGAUGUAGGCAAAGGUUAAUUAGAAUCUUGCACACCUAGCUAGUAUGGUACGGAAGAGUAGUGAAAGGGGAUGUGAUAUUCACAACUUCCUUGGACAGCUGAGUACACGAGGCUCCCAUCAAGAAUUACUAUGUUGGGCCAAUUUCAUUAGUUUCUUAGCUCAGUUGAAAGAAUACACAACAGCGCAUUACAGCUAUAUAUGCCGGUUGAAAGAAGUUGGACACAUGCUUGGGGUAUCAGAUAGUACACAAUUGUGUACUUGCUAUAUGUUUUCCUGAAUCGUGAAGGAAUCACACAGAUAAUUACUUUAGCAUCACUGACGGAGACGGUUAUUCAAAUUUCCAAUCAUGACUACCUCCAACGGCCACCACACCGUUACUAUCUCCGCCGCUCAUGACAACAACGAUGACGACGAAAAUCUCCCUCCUUCCAAUAACAACCGCCGUGAUGAUGAUAAUGGUGAUGGCGACAACGGCGAUGAACAAAUCGAUCCUGAUGAUCCUUUCGAUAUUACUCAAACUAAGAAUGCUUCUCAUGAGACUCUUCGCCGUUGGAGACAAGCAGCACUGGUGCUCAAUGCGUCCAGGCGAUUUAGAUAUACUCUGGAUUUAAAAGGUGAAGAGGAAAAACAGCAAAAGAAGAGCUUAAUUAGAGCACAUGCACAAGUCAUAAGAGCUGCACUUCUUUUCAGAUUGGCCGGCGAACGCGAGCUAGUGAUAAGUCCAGAAGCUACACCCCCACCUCAAACUUCAGUCGGUGACUAUGGGGUUGAGCUAGAACAACUUGCUUCGAUGUCUAAGGAUCAGAAUAUUUCUGCUUUACAGCAAUAUGGUGGGGUUAAAGGCCUAUCAAAUUUACUAAAAUCAAAUCCAGAUAAAGGAAUUAGUGGAGAUGAUGCUGAUCUAUUGAAAAGGAAAAAUGCAUUUGGAACUAAUACAUAUCCUCGAAAAAAAGGGAGAAGUUUCUGGAGGUUUUUAUGGGAAGCUUGGCAAGAUCUGACUCUCAUAAUAUUGAUUAUAGCAGCUGCAGUGUCAUUGGUACUUGGAAUAAAAACAGAGGGUUUGAGUGAAGGAUGGUAUGAUGGAGGAAGCAUUGCUUUUGCAGUUUUACUUGUUAUUGUAGUAACAGCUGUCAGUGAUUAUCGACAAUCUCUGCAAUUUCAGAAUUUGAAUGCAGAGAAACAAAAUAUACAAUUGGAGGUCAUUAGAGGUGGGAGAACAAUUAAAAUAUCAAUAUUUGAUAUUGUUGUUGGUGAUGUUAUACCCCUUAAAAUAGGAGAUCAGGUUCCUGCUGAUGGAGUAGUAAUCACAAGCCACUCACUUGCAAUUGAUGAAUCCAGUAUGACGGGUGAAAGCAAGAUUGUUCAUAAGGAUCACAAAGCACCCUUUUUUAUGUCUGGUUGCAAAGUAGCAGAUGGAGUUGGCGUUAUGCUGGUAACUGGUGUUGGUAUUAAUACUGAGUGGGGAUUGUUGAUGGCAAGUAUCUCAGAGGACACCGGAGAAGAGACUCCAUUACAGGUACGUUUGAAUGGAGUGGCAACUUUUAUAGGUAUAGUUGGGCUUACUGUUGCUGUUUCAGUGCUUGCAGUCCUCUUGGGCAGAUACUUUUCUGGCCACACAAAUGAUUUAAAUGGAAAUCCUGAAUUUGUUGCCGGAAGGACUAGCAUUAGUGAUGCAGUUGAUGGGGUCAUCAAAAUUUUUACGAUUGCAGUCACAAUUGUAGUUGUUGCAGUGCCUGAGGGUCUACCUUUGGCUGUUACUUUAACCCUGGCAUACUCAAUGCGGAAAAUGAUGGCAGAUAAAGCCUUGGUACGAAGGCUGUCAGCCUGCGAAACUAUGGGCUCUGCUACAACAAUUUGCAGUGAUAAGACAGGAACAUUGACGUUAAAUCAGAUGACUGUUGUUGAGGCAUAUGCUGGGAGGAACAAGCUAAAUCCACCAGAUGACUCUUCACUGUUGCAUCCAGAAGCAUUAUCUCUGAUAAAUGAAAGCAUUGCACAGAAUUCAACCGGAAAUGUUUUUUUGUCGAAGGAUGGUGGAGAGGUAGAGGUGUCAGGAUCACCGACGGAGAAGGCCAUUCUGUCAUGGGCAGUCAAGUUGGGUAUGAAUUUUGAUCUUAUCAGAUCUAAUUCAACAGUUCUUCACGUCUUUCCAUUCAAUUCUGAGAAAAAAAGAGGUGGUGUUGCUCUGAAGCUGGUGGACUCUGGAGUGCAUAUACACUGGAAAGGAGCUGCAGAAAUAGUUCUAGGAGCAUGUACCCAAUAUCUUGAUUCAAACGGUCACUUGCAAUCCCUUGAAGAAGAGAAGAAUUUUUUCAAGGAGGCUAUUGAUGACAUGGCUGCUCGCAGCUUGCGUUGUGUUGCCAUUGCAUACAGAUCAUAUGAUUUAGAAAAAGUUCCAUCUAAUGAGCAGGAUUUAGACCAAUGGUCCUUACCAGAAGAUGAGCUUAUUUUACUUGCUAUUGUUGGAAUCAAGGAUCCUUGUCGCCCUAGUGUCAAAGAUGCUGUGAGAGUAUGCACUGACGCUGGUGUUAAGGUACGCAUGGUUACUGGGGACAACCUUCAAACAGCAAAGGCAAUAGCUCUGGAGUGUGGGAUACUGGCUUCAAUUGAAGAUGCUGUUGAGCCAAAUAUAAUUGAAGGAAAGGUAUUCCGGGAGCUAUCUGAAAAAGAAAGGGAACAGGUUGCCAAGAAAAUCACGGUGAUGGGCAGGUCAUCUCCUAACGACAAGCUUUUGCUUGUGCAAGCACUACGUAAAGGAGGUGAAGUGGUUGCUGUCACAGGAGAUGGCACCAAUGAUGCCCCUGCACUACACGAGGCAGAUAUUGGUCUUUCUAUGGGCAUCCAAGGAACUGAAGUUGCAAAAGAAAGCUCAGAUAUUAUAAUCUUGGAUGAUAACUUUGCAUCAGUUGUAAAGGUUGUCCGCUGGGGCCGCUCUGUAUAUGCUAAUAUUCAGAAAUUUAUCCAGUUCCAGCUUACUGUCAAUGUUGCUGCGCUUGUAAUAAAUGUUGUGGCAGCAAUAAGUUCUGGUGAUGUUCCUUUAAAUGCAGUACAGCUUUUGUGGGUCAACCUUAUCAUGGACACACUUGGGGCCCUUGCACUGGCUACCGAACCACCAACAGACCACCUAAUGCACAGAUCACCUGUUGGUCGAAGGGAACCACUUAUAACAAAUAUCAUGUGGAGAAACUUGAUCGUACAGGCUCUUUAUCAAGUUGUAGUUCUUCUUGUUCUGAACUUCGCCGGCGAAAGUAUUCUACCUAAGCAAGAUACUAGAGCCCAUGACUUUCAAGUGAAGAAUACUUUGAUAUUCAAUGCAUUCGUCAUGUGCCAAAUAUUCAAUGAGUUCAAUGCUCGGAAACCAGAUGAAAUGAAUGUCUUCCGAGGAGUGACUAAGAACCGUCUCUUCAUGGGAAUUGUUGGAGUAACCUUUAUACUUCAGAUAAUCAUCAUCGAGUUCCUUGGAAAAUUCGCCUCAACAGUGAGACUUGACUGGAAGCUGUGGCUUGCUUCUUUUUUAAUUGGUAUUGUCAGCUGGCCUCUUGCUAUAGCUGGAAAAUUAAUUCCAGUUCCCAAAACACCGUUGUCGCGUUACUUCUUAAGGCCACUCAGGCGGUUGAGGAGGUCUCGUUCAGCACAAUAGGAAGUCAUUCACGUAUUCAUAUUAAGCUAACGCCUGACAAGUAACAAUACAAUAUUACUAGCCCCAAUUGUUGAAGCUUUACUUCUACAAUUUGAAUACAAUGUAUAAAUACAAAGGGUUUUAAUCAUAAAGCAAUUGUUAUGUGAUGCCUUAAUCUUUACAGCUUUUCCUUUUUCUUAAUAUUUCGGGUCAACCGUACAUUGUAACAUUUCUAGAUAUUGUUAGAGUUACUUGUCUGUAAAUGCUAUCAUACUGACCUAGCAUAAGGUUUGAUUCUCAACAGAAAAAAGAGGAAAGAAAGAAAAGCAUUGUCAUGGUUUUAACUUUUAACUA